CAAUUCCAAACGUGACAGGAUGGACACAGCGCCGCUCCUUCCAUCGUCCAAGGCUCCGACGCCCUGUUAUGCGUUAUGGCUCUUCUUCAGCCUUGUGGGCGGGAUGAUCUAUGGGUACAACGUCAGUAUUGCUCCAUCGCUUCCGUACCUCGCCGACGACUUGAAUCUUACCACGUCCCAGCAAGAGAUGGCAAGUGCGUCGGCUACGUUGAGCGACACCCUUACGAUGCUUGCUGGCGGGCAUCUCGCCGACGCGUUUGGCCGGCGCCCGACGGCGAUUGCCGCGUGUGCCUUGAGCGUCUUUGGCGCUAUCGGAAAUCUGGCAUUCCAUUCGUCGCUUUCGUACUUUUUGUUCUGGCGUCUCUGUGCCGGCAUCGGCAAUGCGCUCUCGAUCCUAAUCCUCCCCAUGUACAUCUCCGAGUCCGUCGACGUCGCGCGUCGUGGCCGAUGCAUCUCGCUCUACCAGCUCGGGGUCCUCACAGGCACGCUCGUUCCUUACGUCGUGAUGCUGUUGUCGGAGAAUUGGCUCCUCACAUUCGCGCUUGGCGCGGUCCCCGGUCUGUUCACCCUGGCGUGCUUCUUCAGUGGCUACUUCACCGAGCGGCGUCAUGAAGCGUCUCGUCAAACUGCGCCAGAAAAGCCACAUCUCCUGGCGGCGCCUUCGGCGUCGCUGCCGCAGCUCUCCCACGCCACCCUGCUCGUGGUGGGCAUCUUACUAGCGUACUCGAACAACUCCAUUGACCUGACGCUGUUCUACGGCCCCACGAUCAUCUCCCAGUUCAUUCAGAGCUCGUCUCGCGUGUCGGCCAACCUCAUCGGGCUCUGUCUCUCGUCGUUGUCCGUCGUGUCCGUCGGCGGUGCUGCCAUCUUCCUCCGGUCAACCUUUCCCCGCCGUUCCUUCUACCUGGUCUGCCACGGCAUCGUUGUCGUGUGCUUCCUGGCCGCGUCCGUUCUAUUCACGUCGGCAACCGAGAACGCGUCGCUGGACGCCCGUGCCUUGCUUCUCCUCGUGGUCCUCGGCCUCCUCGUGCUCUUCCAAACGUGUGGACCAGGGCUGCUCUUUGUCCUGAUCGUGUCGGAACUGUUCGAAGACCCUGUCGUCCGCGCGACAUCCAUGGGCUACUGCACCUUUGCCAUGUCCGGCUUCUCCCUCGUCAUUAACGGCACCCUCCUCAGCCUCUUUGCCGCCCUCGGCGUCGGCGGCACCUUUGCCGCUUACGGGUUGUCCUAUGCGGCGUGCUGGGCCGUGUUUUACAAGUACUUGCCAGAGACGUCAACGCGCCAGAUCCAGCAUUAAGCCACGAAUUUAACGAUGUCAUGGAGAGGAAGCAGCGUCGACGAGGAAGGUUCGAUAAAUAGGGUUGUCGGCGCUGCCUCAUUUGCGCGUCGGGAGGUCCCUCAUGUCCCUCUGCCGCCGCUUCUUGGCGCGCUCCUUGCGCUCUUCCUUGGAUAGAAUUUUCCGCCCGUCGGCGGCUUCUGUGC